CAGAUUUCCAACCCUAAACCUCAGCGCCUAGCAACUCUCGUGGCUUAUCAAGAAGAGCAUAAGGAUGUCCGCGGCACGCUCUGUAGGACAGAUGAAAGAAGUUUACAACCGUCCCUUGGAAGUCCCAGUCACUCGGGAGCAGUUGAGCCACUAUCGGAAUGUGGCCGAAAAUGCCCGAAGCGAACUGGCGGCAACUUUGGUCAAAUUUGAAUGCGCUCAGUCCAAGCUUCGAGACCUCCGAUCCAAGAUGCUUUCGAAAGAAGCCUCCUGUCAAGAGCUGAAAACUGAAAUGGAGAAUUACAGAGAAGAUAAUGCUAGAAAAUCAUCUCUCCUCACCUCCCUGAGAUACAGAGUUCAGGAGUUAGAAGAAGAAUCAGCAGCGCUUACCGCUUCUAAAAUUAGAACCGAAAUCACAGCUCACGCUGCAAUCACGGAGAACCAGGAGUUAAAGAAGAAAGUUGCAGAACUAGAUGAGAACUUACAAAAGUGUUUAAAGGAAAACGAGGAGAAUAAGAAUCAAGCCUCGAAGAAUUGCAAGAAACAUGAGGAAUUUCUAGCUCAACUUGGUGACUUCUUAGAUCCAGAGAAGAAGAAUGAAAAGGCAUCAGAUGAAGAUUUAAUUCUAAAGCUUAGAGAGCUGUGCGAGGAAAACGCAUUGGUGAAAGGACAGAUUGUUACUCUUGAAGAGACUAUAAAUGUCCAUGAGAUGGAAGCAAAAGCUAGCAGAGAAACCAUCAUGAGGCUGGUUUCUGAAGUAAACAGAGAGCAGAAAAAAGCUGCCUCCUGCACCGAGGAAAGAGACAAGCUGAACCAGGACUUGCUCCGAGCUGUACAGACCAAAGAAGUCCUUGAAAGGGAAGUCAGGAUCCUCCAGGAGAGGCUUUUGGCUGGCCAGCGGGUCUGGGAUGAUUCGAAGCAGGAGCUGAGCCUCCUGAAGAAAAGCUCCCAAGAGCUGGAGAAGAGACUGGAGACCAGUCUGGAUGCGGCUGCAGCCUCGCGAAACCAGUGCUCCUCAUUCAGGGAGAAAGUCGCAGCCCUGCUUAGAGGCAGCUGGGGCCCGACGGGGCCCACGGAGGAUGCCAUUUUGGAAAGGAUCCGAGAAAUGACCCGCCAGGAAGACAGCAGGGAAAGGAUGGUCUCCCAGCUUGAAGUCCGAAUAUCUGAGCUUGUGGAACAGUUGGGAAAUGAAUCUGGGUUUCACCAGAAAGCUUUACAGAGAGCCCAGAAAGCAGAAAACAAGUUGGAAAGUCUUCAGGGUCAGCUGACACACCUGGAGGGAGAGCUGGUUUCUGGAGAUGUUUUGCGAGAUCACUUGAAUUUUGAGAAACAAAAAUAUCUUAAAUUUCUGGAUCAACUCUCAGAAAAAAUGAAACUGGACCAGAUGGCUGCUGAACUUGGCUUUGACAUGCGUCUGGAUGUAGUUUUAGCUCGCACGGAACAGCUGGUCCAUCUCGAGAGCAAUGCAGUCAUUGAAAACAAGACUAUUGCCCACAAUUUACAGAGAAAGCUCAGGACUCAGAGAGAAAGGCUGGAGAGCAAAGAACUACAUCUGAGCCUUCUACGGCAGAAGGUGGCCCAGCUGGAGGAGGAGAAGCAGGUGCGCUCGGCCUUGGCCGUGGAGAGGGACGAGGCCAAUCUCACUCUAAGAAAGUUGCAGAAGAAGGUGGAGAGGCUGCAGAAGGAGCUAAGUGUGUGUCGAGAAGCGAACACGGAGCUCAGAGCCAAGCUGGCUGACACCAGUGAGCUCAAGAUUAAAGCUUUGGAACAGACCAAAAUUAUUGAAGACCUAAGUAAGUCCAGAGACAAACUUGAGAAGAUGAAGGAGAAAGCUGAGAAAAAGCUAAUGUCUGUCAAGUCGGAACUGGAUACCGCAGAGCACGAGGCUCAGGAGGAUAAGGAGAGGGCCAGGAGUAUGAUGGAAGUGGUAACCAGUGAAACGAAGAUGCUAAAGAAGUCUCUGGAAGAAGCAGAAAUGAGAGAAAAGCAGCUGGUGGACUUCAGGGAGGUGGUUUCCCAGAUGCUGGGCUUGAACGUGACCAGUCUUGCACUUCCUGACUAUGAAAUCAUCAAAUGCCUUGAAAGACUGAUCCAUUCACAUCAGCAUCACUUUGUCACCUGUGCCUGUCUCAAAGAUAUGAUUCCAGGGGGCGAUAGGCACCCACAGAACUGCUUAAAACUCCUUCAUUGAAUACCAUCUCUUUUGGGGGAGGUGGAGAUAAGAGAUGGAACCCAAUGGUCAAUUUCACAAAUUCCCCAAACCUUUGAAAUUUGGUCAGUGUGUGAAUACCAUAUACUUUGAUGAUCAAGCCAGAAUCCCAUUUGCAAAAAAUGAUCUUAGAGGUGCCAGCUGUAGGUUAAGAGCACACAUUAUUUUAUUUGCUAGCACUUUGGGACCCAGAAGAAUUCUAGUAGAUUGCAUAUCUAGAAUGCACAAUGGCGGCAGGGGAUUAACAUUUGUGGGAUUCCU